GGGUUGAGACUUCUCACAGUAUACACAUCUUACGCCAAGAAAGCAUGGCUCACGAAUAUCUAGGCGACCACCCCCGAAUCUGCAGCGCCGCUGACAGCUCCCUGUCAUGUGUGCACAGUUCGUUGAGCCGCAUCUGAGGCAAGCUAUGCGCACAGAAACCGACAUGUUGCACUUUGAUAUCUUGGAUAUAGUAUGGCUGCGACACAGAGGAUCGAAACGCACCCCCAUCCUUCAUCUGUGUAUGCCCCCAUUGUAGCCAUGGCUCUUGAUGACGCUGAAAUGCACCGAGCUGGUCUCGCAUUUCUAUACAGAAUCGUGCCCGUCCUUGUGGCAACUAUCCUAUAUGGUAUCUAUAUUGCUAUCCUAUGUGUUGCGACACGAGGAUUAUGGCAACGCGGGCUGAGAGCCCGUCCGAACGCCGUAAUCCUCAUCGUCCUGUAUGUUGUCUCCUGCUUGAGCACCGCACUGUGGGCUCUCGAGGUCGCUCAGUUGAUCGGCCUGGUCGAUUUACUGCUCUCGCCCGAUGGCCUGUCGACUAAUGCUUUGUUUAACCGUUUUUACGACCUCAUCGCACGCGAGACAAAAGUGACUGGCGUCUUAUUUGAGUCUCAAAUGAUUGCUGGGGAUAUACUCGUGAUUUGGCGCGUCGGCGCUAUAUGGUUCGAGAAGAAGAUCGUUGUGCUCCUGCCACUGUUCUGGUGGGUCCUCAUGAUCGUAAACAUGCUGAUACACUCUGCACGCUGCCAGUCGGGUGUAGCUACCACAAAUUAUGGAGAGCUGUGCAAAGUGACAGACGUUGCGGCACCCGUGUUGUCCAUCGUCACGAACAUCUCGGUUAUGUUGCUUGUACUAUGGAAAGCAUGGGAGAUCAGAGAUACACUCUUGGAUGUUCUCCAUCGGAGAAAAACCAAUAAAAUAUUCACACUUUUCGUGCUGAUGGUCGAGUCUGGAACGUUGUACGUCGUAAUGCUGAUUACUGACCUUCUCGUUACAUCUAUUGUGACUGGGGGGAACGAGACCGUAGGCCGAAUGGUCGACUGCAUCUGGGGCUAUGCCGCAGUCCAGCUUGUCGGGAUAUACCCGACGUUGUUAAUAGUUGUACUGCGAGAAUCCGUGUGGAACUCAGACUACGCGGAUUCAACACAGGGCCUGGCAAUCAGCACCGUUCAGUUUGCAUCACAUAAUGCCACCGCUGUCCGAAGUACAACCCAAAGUCCUGAGUCUCACGUAGAGCGCGGGAAGGGUAAUAGCUAUGAGCAUGUUUCAGGCGGAGCUACAGGCUCGAGGUCUCGAGACUUGCAUGAAGUGGUCCACCUGGGAGAUGAGGAAAGUCAGCUGAGCGGCAAGAAGAAGCUAGGAGUUGCUUUAUACUAGCCUGAUGUAUAUGUCGAUUUACACUCUGAUGUUAUGGCUUCGGCACUACAACGGCUUCCACAGCGCGACGCAGGUGCAGGUGUGAGCUGGAAGGCAUGUUCUCUGGC